GAACAUGGCAGGACCUGCAUUGUAACGCAUGUGAUGAGGGAAUAAAAUGAAUGCUGAGGCUCGCAGUAACCAUUAAAAAUACAGAUAAAUAGACGGUGCGAGUGCAGGGCGCACAGAGGGGAGCAGAGGCUCCGGUUCCUCUUUAAAUAAAAAGGAGGGGUGGUUAAAAAAAAGAGUGAGAGAAAGGGGGGGAGAGAGAAGUGAGAGACCGAAAGCGGCUGUGAGGGAUACGAGCGAGGAGCUGGAGACGAGGGAGGCCCGACCCAGCACACAGCAGCGCCAUGGCCAACAUCGCGGUCCAAAGGAUUAAGCGCGAGUUCAAGGAGGUCCUGAAGAGCGAGGAGGUUCGCCAUGUCCCCCCUCCCGAACCGGCUACCGAACCGGGCCGGCGUGCGCUCCGCCCGGCCGGGACGAGCAAAAACCAGAUAAAAGUUGACCUCGUAGAUGAGAAUUUCACAGAGCUGAAGGGGGAGAUAGCGGGACCCCCCGACACGCCCUAUGAAGGUGGCAGAUAUCAACUAGAAAUAAAAAUUCCAGAAACUUAUCCAUUUAACCCUCCGAAGGUACGCUUCAUCACUAAAAUAUGGCAUCCGAACAUCAGCUCCGUCACUGGUGCCAUAUGCUUGGACAUCCUGAAAGAUCAGUGGUGAGUUUCCCUUCCACAAGAA